CUUUAUUGAGCUACAACUCAACAUGGCCGCACCAAACCACCAGCAGUUCUUCCAGCAGACGCAGCAGCAGCAGCAGUACCAGCAGUACCAGCAGCAGCAACAGUACCUGCAACAGCAGCAGCACCACGCACAGGCCAGCAUGGACCCCAGCGCCAACUCUGUGAUUCUCGUUACGGCUGGCUACGACCACACCAUCCGCUUCUGGGAGGCGCUCUCGGGCGUCUGCUACCGGACUGUCCAGCAUCCAGACGCGCAAGUCAAUUGUCUGGCGAUCACUCCCGACAAGCAGUAUAUUGCAGCAGGAGGCAACCCGCACAUUCGCAUGUAUGAUAUUGCAUCGCACAAUCACAAUCCGAUCACAAGCUUCGAUGGUCACACCGGAAACGUGACGGCGGUUGGCUUCCGAGCAGACGGAAAGUGGAUGUACAGCGGCUCCGAGGACACCACGAUCAAGAUUUGGGACAUGAGAACUCCUGGGUGCCAGCGAGAAUACGUUGCCGGCAGCGCUGUCAAUUGCGUCACACUCCAUCCAAACCAGACGGAGCUGAUCUCUGGGGAUCAAAGUGGUCGCAUAAAAAUUUGGGAAUUGCGCACCAACAAGUGUGCCGAAGAUCUUAUCCCCGAGCCAGACGUUCCCAUCCGCAGCCUCACAAUCGCACCAGAUGCGUCGCAACUCGUUGCCGGCAACAACAAUGGAAACUGUUACGUCUGGAAGCUCCAGCACCAUGCCAACGAGCCCACCACCGCCACGCCAAUCAAGCAUCUCGCUGCCCAUUCCUCGCAUGUGCUCAAGUGUCUGAUUAGCCCCGACGCAAGACUGCUUGCUACUUGCUCCUCCGAGCUGGAAAGCUCUGUCAAGAUUUGGAACAUCCAGGCCAACUACUCCCUCUUCAAGACUCUGAGCGGUCAUCAGCGCUGGGUGUGGGACUGCGCCUUUUCCUCAGACUCUGCCUAUCUGGUGACUGCAUCUUCCGAUCAGAUUGCACGGCUUUGGGAUAUUGCGCAAGGCGAAAGCAUCAAGCAGUUUACUGGUCACUUGAAGGCCAUCACAUGCCUUGCCCUGAAUGACUAAGUGGCCGGGCGUGAGCCGCACUGUUGCCGAGUGCGUUGACUGAAAAGAAAGCAGUGAUGAAAAAUGGUGUGCAUAUUAGUACAGAAAAUGUUGGUGUUACACGCA